AUGAGUCCUUCAAUUCGAAGUUUAAGUGUGGAUGGAUUUAAAGAUGUCAAUAUACAAGCAUUAAUUACAAUGAAUAUCCCAUUAAACUUACCAUACAUACAUGAAUCAAAACUCCAAAUCAAACAAUACGGUCAAAGUAUCAUCAAAGCAUCAAAUUACAGCAAAUCCAGCAUAUUUAUUGUAUUGCCUUUUCUUGAGCAGACACAAGAAAAUCAAACAGAAUACUGCAAACUUUAUCCUUUUUACGUUUAUUGGAUACAAAUUUCAAAUACAACUCAGACACUAUUAUCAUCCGUGAUUUUGAAAGAAAUCAAUGCUGGUUUCAGUGAUAUUUUCCCUCGACACUCAAUAAUUUCUAAUGAGAAAUAUUUUACUCGAAUUCCAUGUUAUCUACAGAAAAUGAGACAAGACGAUCAAUUUUCUCAGCUUGUUUUCCACUUUAUCGGAUACAAUACAUCUUACAUUAGCGACGAUCGAAUAAAUUUCAUUUCUCAGUCAAAAGGCGAAAUUAUUUCCACUCCAAUCAUAGAAAUCUUCAAUUCAUUAGAGCACGACUUCAUUACAAUAUUUGAUGGAAGCAACAGUGGCUGUGCAUUAGAUAUUUUCAAGAAAUUCGAAGUAAGUAAUUCUGAUAAAAUUAUUUCGAACGGCAAAGACUUCUUUGUACUCUGCUCAUGCUCAUCCAAUGAGAGUAUGCCUAAGAAUCCCUAUCUUCCGCGUGAUUUUCUUACAAGUACUUUGUUAUCUCCAGUUCGUGUCUUAAUUUUAUGUUUUUUGAUCAAUUACUAUCCAGAGAAACUUACUGAUCAUGAGUUUCAACCUCUUACCGACAUAGAUCCAGAAAUUACUGAUUAUUUGAAUCAAGAAAUUAUUGCAAUCACAGAAACUAUUGCUUACGAAUGUUUACCGAAGGAAUUAUUCUUAUAUUUAUUUAGAACAGACGAUAAUGUUGCCAAAUUGUUCCAAAGAUUCAUUUUAGCUCAAUAUUUAUUAUCAAAUUUUAAUAUUCAUCCUGUUUCUUAUCCAGAGCUUCCCCAAUUGCAGCAUCAUCAUGCAUGGUCUCAUCUUAGAUUCACUCUUGAGAAAUAUGUCCUUUCCAAGCAUAAAAUCAUUUCUCAAAACGAAUCCGAUUUAUUUCAAAGCGUCAUCAGCUCAUUUUUCAAGAAUAUAAACUCCAAGAACAUGGACAAGACUGUUAUUAACGUUGCCUCUAUUAUUCCUUCGAUAUUUUCCUCAGCGAUUGAGUUAUAUGCUCCUUUGUCAUAUUACGCGAGUCUUUCACCAGAAAAUCGAAAUGAAGUGAUUGGAAUUCUUAAUUUUAAGAAACUUUUCAGUCUCCUUUUCAAACAGAUGCAUUCUACAACAUUAUAUCAUUCUAUUGCUUAUUUAACAAUGACAUCUCUUAUGGCGAAUAACAAAUCAAUAUUGUCAGUUGUAGAACAACCAGAUCUUCAGUUUUUGUUUGAUAAAAUCAUGGAUAGAAAAGUUUCUCCAGUAACAAGAACAAUUCUCACAGCUAUUCUCACGAGAAUUGUUGAUUCUUAUCAAUCAGCUCAUAAUUUCUUUAUUACAGAAAUUGUUUUUAAAAAUUUCUGUUCAAACAUAAAAGAAUUGGAAAUACAACCACUUAUAUGGCAAUUCAUUCUAAUGAAGCAAGUUUUCAAGCAUUUUUCAAUCGAUAGAGUUAAUUUUCAUGAUGAAAAUGUUCAUAUACAAAUCUCUGCUUUGAUGAUGCAUAAUUCAUAUGAAUUGAGGGCUUCAAUGAUUGCGUUGCUUUCUAAUUUCAUGCAAACAGGAAAUCCAACUUUAAAUAGACAUUUGUUUACUUCAAUUUUGCCGCUGUGUUUGGAUAUGAGUUAUUUAGUUAGAUACCAAUUUUUAAUGUUUAUAAUUAGAUAUUUAGCGAGUUCUAGAGUUGAUAUUGAAGCGAAAAUUUAUAAACCUCCUUCGAUUUCUAGUUUUUCGCAGUUUUUUGAUGUUUUGUUCCACUCAGGAUUACACUAUUCCCAAUUGUUGUCUUCCUUCUCACUCCUUCAAAGUGUUUCCGCGAGAAUUGCGAGCAACCAAAAUUCCGAAAUAAAUUGCAUCAAAAAUGGUUUGUUUAUUAUUAAUUUUUUGACGCAAGAUCCUUCUCCAAUUGUUCGAGAAACAGCAAUAAAAGCACUAGAUCUGUUCAAAAAACACGAUCGCCAAGAAGUUGCUCCUCCUUUUAACUCUUCAUCUCAGAACCUUGCAACAAUACAAUCAAGAGCUGAAGUUGUAUCUGAAAAUUUUGAUAUUCCUGAUGAUUUCAGUGUUCUUUAUUCGAAUCUUUGUGCGCAACUCCUUAAAUCAGAGCAAUGGAACCAAGAGAACUAUCAGAAGCCAUUUUGCAAAGAGAAUAACGCGGAAGAAAAGAGUUUUAUGCCUUCAAAAAUCAAAUUGAGAAAUAAAAAAUUAGUUGGCGAUCGACAUAUCGAAAGAUUGGCCUUUGUUAAUAGAGAAAUGGUUGUUCAAACUUCUCCAAAAACUAUCUCUAUUUUGGAAAACAAUUUGGCACUAAGAAAAUCAUUCACAUUUCCUUCUGUAAUUUCAUCAAUUACUACACAUAAUAUAAACCAAACAGAUAUUGUAUCAUGUGCAACAAAUGAUGGAGUAAUUCAUCUUUAUGACCCUAAAGAAAACUCUAUUUUGACUUCUUUCAGAUCAACAAUGGAGAAUUCACCACAAAUAAUCACAACAUCCCUUUCAUCAAAUAAAAUUGCUGUUUCUGGAGGCCAAUCAUCCAAUGCUGUUAGGUUGUUUGAUAUUUCAUGUCAAAAGUUCAUUGGAGAAUGGAAUAUCCCAGAUAAAUCAACAAUUUCAUGUUUGUAUAUACAUGAAAAUGAUGAAAAUUUGUGUAUUUGUGGUUUAAACAAUGGAUAUUUAGUUCCUGUUGACUUCAGAGAUGACCAAAUGAACAAGAGAACUCCUCUUGGUGUAAGAGAUGACAAAGUUAUUAAUAUUUGUGGAAUUAGAUGCCAGAGACAAGUAAUUUACGCAUCAACAGCUUCAGGACGAAUAAUGAGCUGGGAUGUCAGAGGUUCUUAUGUCUCGUUAGUUUCAGAAAGAAGAGAUUUCUGCACAGGAUUCGAUAGUUCCCCGAAUUUUCCAAUUUUAUUUUAUUCAUCAACACAAGAUAAGCCAGCAAUUUUGUCUCCAUCAGGACAGAAGGCCACAGAAAUCGACUGCUUUAAAGGUUCCAUGAUUUGCACUUCAAAAGAGAAUGAUUUAGUUGCAUUUGCUGAAACUAAUGGAAAUGUUCAAGUAUUUGAAGUACUCCUAUAA